UAUAAAGAUUGGUUGAAACGACUUAGCAUAUGAUAUCUGUAACUUUAUAUUUAGUUUGGCAGUUAAAACUUCUGUAUUUUCGGCAUUGAGCAAUGAGCAUAUUCUCUCUUAUGCACGAGUUUAAAUUCUAUUUUUGUCUUCUCUAUCAAAAAUAUUUACAUUGAUUUACUAUUGAAACUGAAAUUAGAAAACUCUAACCAAAUGGAUCCAGUGAACUGUCUUUUAUUUAUUUUUACAAAUCACAGCAGAUUAUUAACUAAUAAUCCCAACAACUGUAAGAAACAUAAAACAAAAAAAAACAGCAAACGAGCCAUGCAAGCCUCUUUACAAAUAGCGUCUCUCUAAACCCUUGAAACAUACUCAAAGAACAUAAUAAGCACUAAGCAAGAUCAAAUCACAUAAGAAAGAACACAAAUGGAUCCGAACGCAAAAACAAUUAUCUCUUUCGCAUUGUUUUUCCUCUAUUUAUCUUUCUCUAAUAUUUCCCUCGCUCGUGGCGCUGAAGUCGACGAUGAAACUUCAUUUACGUACGAGAAGAAUCCAGAGAAAGGACCAGAGGGAUGGGGAAAAAUAAACCCUCAUUGGAAAACUUGCAACAUCGGAAAAUUCCAAUCUCCGAUCGAUCUCACUAACACAAGAGUUAGUAUUAUUCGUGAUGAAGCAUGGAGAAGACAAUACAAACCAGCCCCGGCUGUAAUUGUGAACAGAGGACAUGACGUUAUGGUGUCGUGGAAAGGAGAUGCUGGGAAAAUAACAAUACGUCGUACUGAGUAUAAAUUGGUGCAAUGUCAUUGGCAUUCACCGUCAGAGCAUACCGUCAACGGAACUCGUUAUGACAUGGAGCUUCACAUGGUUCACACAAGUGCUGGAGGCAAAACCGCAGUGAUUGGAGUUCUUUAUAAAUUAGGCAAACCUAAUGAAUUCCUCACAAGGCUACUAGAUGGAAUAAAAACAGUGGGAAAAGAAGAGAGGGAUCUAGGGAUCGUGGAUCCAAGAACUAUUAGAUUUCAAACCAAAAAAUUCUAUAGAUACAUUGGCUCUCUUACUGUUCCUCCCUGCACUGAAGGUGUUAUUUGGACCGUUGUCAAAAGGGUAAACACGAUAUCAAUGGAACAAAUUGCAGCUCUGAGGAGUGCCGUUGACGAUGGGUAUGAGACGAAUUCAAGACCGGUUCAAGAAAGAAAUGGAAGAUCGGUGUGGUUCUACGAUCCAAAUGUUUGAAUUAUUUAGUUGAAUUGUUUUGUAAUGUCGAGAAUCGAUAUUGAUUGAGUUUAAAUAAAAGAUAACAAUGAUUUGGAUC